AGCUCUCAGAGCGCACCUGCGGCACAGCGCACGGUUUUUUGCGCCAUGCCUUCAGAAGACUAGGAGCACUGCCUGGACGCUACUGGACAAUAUUAUGUGGACAGUUUUCACUCAGUCCAUUUCGAAUUCAAGCCUGUGUCGGUUGAUGAUUGCUAUGUUUCGGAGCUGAAUUCAAACAGGCGCCUGACACGAGCUCUGAACGCUUCAGUUUUUGCGCAAAAUGUCCAAACAGGCAGAUCAGUUUGACAGCUCGGACUGUGUGUGCUCGUUCGGAAUGAAGCUCACGUGGGACAUCAACGACCCCAAACUUCCCCAGGACACUAAGCAGUUCGACGCCUUCCAGGAGUGGACGGAUGGCUACGUGCGCUACAUCUACAGCGGGGAGGAUAAAAACGCGCAGCGGCACCUGAGCGGCUGGGCCAUGCGCAACACCAACAACCACAACUGCCAGAUCCUCAAGAAGUCGUGUCUGGGCGUGGUGGUGUGCGCGCGGGGCUGCACGCUGGCAGACGGCACCAAACUGCAGCUGCGGCCCGCCAUCUGCGAUAAAGCCCGCCAGAAGCAGCAGAAAAAACUGUGUCCAAACUGCAGCUCAGCUCUUGAGCUCGUGCCGUGUCGAGGACAUAGCGGCUAUCCCGUUACCAACUUCUGGAGAGUGGACGGCAAGGCCAUCUUUUUCCAGGCUAAAGGUGUACACGACCACCCUAGACCUGAGAGCAAGUCAGAGACAGAGGCAAGGAGGAGCGCAGUAAAGAGAAGGAUGUCCUCCCCUCACUUCACUCAGAAAAGAAGACUCAUGGAGCCAGAGCCUGGCCGCUUCCACGACAUGCCUUUCCCGAACAUCCACCAGUUGACCAUGGAGGCGCCGGACCGCUUCAGCAUCAUCGCUGAGUCUAACUUUCCUAUCCAGACGCAGCACUAUCCGCCAUUCCAGAACCCUGAGAACCCCUACAAGUUCCCCUAUGAUGCCCAUGGUGCUGCCACCAUGGCUGACACUCCAAGCCCAUUGCAGAAACCUGCUAACCACCGGCUGUACAUGGCUCGGCCACCUUGUGGAUACGACUUUGCGGUUCCGGGCUACCUGGGCUCUAGCCCUUACCCCACAGCACUGUAUAAGGACCCUGCCAGCCCUCAGAGUGAGGCUGAACUCAACAAAAGCACCCCUGGCCUGAGCACGACGCCACAGCUUCCGCACCAAGACAGGUCUUUCCCAGAUGCCACUGCCAAGCAUCACAGCUGGAAGCAAAUCUUAGGCAAAGGGCCAUACGGGGAAAGAGGGGAAUACCCUCAGCUUCCGGCCAAUGCCAACCACUACUACAACAGCGAGUACCCAUGCAGGUACACAGGACCUGCCCCUACCACCCCUACAGCCCUCCAGACCAUCAUAACCACCACCACUAAAGUGUCUUACCAACCCUGCCCCAAGCCUUCUGUGGUGAAAUACGGGGAAAACAUAUACGACGUGAAGGGCCUGUCUAACUGUAACACUCUUCUUGAGGAGUCUUCACCCACUUCCUACUCUGACCUGAAGAUUCCUGAAGAUUCUGGGGUGAUCAAAACGGCCCUGUCCUACCAGGACGCGCUCCCUGCCAAAAUCGAAAGGGCAGAGAACUUUGAGGGCUACCGCUACAGCAGCUACAGUUCCAACAGCUAUCCUGAGAGAGUGACACAUCCGUACAGGUACGAGGGCGGAGAGUACUGAUUCAAAGCUAUUAGUGCCAAGCAAGUCAUCAAGAGAAAGGAGACCAGAGGGUGAGAAAGUUUUACCGAAAGGAGCCAAAGAUUGUUUUCCUGAUCGUAUCUCAAUGGGCCAAAGAACAUUAGGGUGAAAACAAACAAUGAUUUUCACACUUCACACCUUCAGUUCUGUAAAUAUGUGUACUUAUUUAUAAGCAGUAUUUGAGCUUUAGAACUAUUGAAAUGUUGUAGCUGAAAAGAUAUUCUUGUAGACGCCUGAUCCGUAUCUGAUGAAAUCUGCAGAACAAGACAUUUCAGGAUAUUUUUAACUUGUGUGUUAAAGCCAAAGUUGGUUAUAGCUGUUGUCUGUGGGGGGAAAAAAACAGAAAUUUAAUUUUUUGUUUGUAAAUUAAGAGUGGAUGUAAGAAUCAUG